AUGGAUUCUUCGGAGAAACAGUUGUGCGCUGAAACUGAAAGGAUUAAGAAAACUGCAUUCCUAUCGGUAGCGAUUUCCACAUUUGUCGUGUUUUGCUCUGUAAUAAUGCUUCCUCUGAUCUAUAACUACGUUCAGACUCUUCAAACACAUAUGUUGGAUGAAAUGGAUUUCUGCCGAACAAAAUCCCGGGACCUUUGGGUAGAAGUAGUGUCAGUCGAUACCGUUCUUAGCCGAGGAAAACGGACGAUUAGAUCUGCUGAUCGCGCAAAGCGAGAGUGGAGUUUUGGGCAAUAUUUCGAUAGAAAUCAAAGAGCUGCUGGAUCUGGUUCGGGAACAUCUGGCGGCUACGGAACCUACCCGCCUGCACCUACAGUUGCACCCAGCUACGGAGAUUAUAAAGUGGCUGCUGUCGAGGAAUUCCAACCAGCUUCAUGUUGCACAUGCCAACAAGGACCAGUUGGACCAUCCGGCCCUCCAGGAGAUGAUGGUCUUGACGGUGUCGAUGGAAAGCCUGGAGUUGACGGACCACCUGGUAGAGAUGGAGUUCUUCUUCCACCACUUGGACAAGCUCCAGAACCUUGUGUCAUCUGCCCACCAGGACCAACAGGACCUCCAGGAUUCCCAGGACAAAAAGGACCAAACGGACCACGUGGGAGUCCAGGACUUCAGGGUCAGGAUGGAAAGAAAGGAGAACAAGGAAUGCCGGGUCCACAAGGUCCAACUGGUAGACCAGGAAGACCAGGACCCAAGGGACCCAAAGGAGAGGAUGGGAGAGUCAUUAUGGUGGCCGGCCCCGCGGGACCAGCAGGUCCACCAGGUCCAACUGGAACACCUGGAAAACGAGGUGCUAGAGGAAUGGAUGGGUUGCCAGGACCACAAGGAGCACCAGGACAACAAGGAGAUUCAGGAGUUCCUGGACCAGACGGGAAAGAGGGACCAAAAGGAGAGAGAGGGCCUCCAGGACCACAAGGACUCAAGGGAUCGUGUGAACAUUGUCCUCUCCCAAGACUUCCACCAGGAUAUUAA